CCCCGUAGUGGGCAACCGCCAUUGAACGAGGAGCAAGAUCGCAAGCCCGUGUGCAGCAUUUUUUAUUGCUGGUCACCGCCGAACAGCAACCAUACGGAAGCAAGGUCUUAACAUCGACUGACAGCAUCACUGGUGAGCUCGCUCUCGCAGAAGUUCAUUUAAUCGGCGUAGCCAGCGCUAAAGCAACAUCCCGUCAAUCAGCCAAGUAUGAAAUCGCGAAAGUACUGCCUUAAGUGGAAAAGAAACCAGCCGUCAGAAACGGGCGUGCCAGUGCAGCUUGGCAUCGAUGAAGCCACGCAGGACGUGGCGAUUCUGUGCGAGAACAUGUGCCUAAUGGCUCACAAGGCUGUGCUGGCAGCUUUCAGUCCUUUCUUCAAGGAGCAAUUUGCAUCGAAUGCUGGCGGCGACACCGUGGUGAUACAGCAUGUGCGCUUCGCGGACCUGACAACGGUGGUCGAGUUUAUAUAUCGAGGCGAAGUGGUCGUGCCGCAGCAGCAGCUUUACACGCUUGCCAAGGCGGCCGACACAUUCAAGGUAAAGGGACGAUUUAUGUUCGUUCACAACGACGGCUCAAAUGAUGCGCCACUGAGCACCAACCUUAGCUACAGCACGACCCCGCGCAUGGCUUGCGACGGACUUCAAAUGCCAUGGGGAUUUCAGCAAGCGUUUCGUAACGAGCUCCAAAGCCGCACUGGAAAAAUUAAUGCCUCAGCCGACCAGCCCUCGGUGUCUGCUUCAGACGACGUAGACUCCGACGCCGCAGAUAAUGCGCACGGUAUAAGCUUGGCGCUUGACGCUGUACAUGAAGUUCCGGUGCGGUCUACGUCGACAGAGACGGCACCUGCGGCUGCACUGCCUCCACCUGACGCGCCGUCGGCUGACUCCUUCGAUUUACUCGCCACUGGCGCAAACCUUCCAGCCACCUUGCAUCAUGUUCUGGAGUCGGUGAACAACAAUGCGAAAGGCAUUGAAGCUUGGCAUUCUGAUACCGGCGUUAACAUACUCGACGCAGCCAAUGUGCAAGUCAGCAUGCCCACCGAAGCAUCAACACCAGCGAGUGAGUCCAGAGUGUUAGAUCGGGAGGUAUCUACGUUGGACGGUGCAAAAGUGCUUCCUCUCAACGUUUCUCAGAUAUCCGGCUGCUCCGAGUAUAAAGAAGCAGCACUAAAGGCAUCGUUCUCGAACAUUUGUGACGUGGAGCAGCCUCCAACAAAAUUGCCCUCUCUUUUCUCCCUCACCGAUAACAAGACUACCAUGAACGAUGGUUGUGCUUCAGGUGACGCUGUGUCUAACGUGGAGUGUUCCUCGAAAGUGUUAAUGACACAGCAAAUUAUACCGGGUGCACCCGUAAUGACUCGUCUGCGUAAUCUUGACUCUAUGCAGCAAGAGCCGACGUCAUGUCCUGAAAGGCCAAGUUCGCCAUCACUCGAGGAGGGUUCAAGCUCUGGCUCUGCAAAGACUUGUGCAGAGUGCGCUGAAAACGUGACGCCUCUAUCAAGUACUGCACAACUCGGCUCUCCUAUACCUAAGAAUCGAAAAUAUCGCUCCCUUUUAACAGGCAAAGAACGACUGACAUCCACUGACGAGCAGACAGAGGAGACAUCUUGGAGCGGCCCGAUAACACGAAGCAGGGCUGCACGGCUGGCAAAACAGCUAAAAUGAGCAAAGGGUUACCAACCGCUGUACAAAAUGCUUGGCUUGCGACGAAGUAGCGCCGAAGUGUGGCACGCACCAUUCCGCGUUCGAAAGAUACAAAAUUUUGGGAAGCAGCAUACCCCACUCAACACUGAUCGCCUUCCUUGCAUUUGAUCUGCAAGAAUAAAAUUCCACUUUUUCCGGC